AGUUGCCUUUCCCGAGUGGGACCCUCGCCUCUCCCCUGCACUUAUAUCUCCCGUGCCCGUCCGCGUCUCGCCGCACCGCGCCUCUCGACCUUGCCGCCCCCGGACACCGCCGGCUGUCUCCGCCCAGCCCCGCCGCGGGAGCGCUGUAAGGUCUUGGGGAUCAGAUAAUCAGAGAUGGCUGAAUCUUUUGUCCUCAACACCGGCGCAAGAAUCCCAUCGGUGGGCCUCGGCACAUCACAAGCAGAACCUGGUGUUGUUGGAAAGGCCAUCUAUGCUGCUGUCAAGGUUGGAUAUCGGCAUAUUGAUUGUGCUCCAGCAUACCACAACGAGAAGGAGAUUGGUAUGGCUCUGAAGAAAUUAUUUGAGGAUGGUGUGGUUAAGCGUGAAGAUUUAUUUAUCACUUCUAAGCUAUGGUCUGGUAAUCAAGCACCAGAAGAUGUGCUAGAGGGCCUUGAAACUACUCUUGAAGAUUUGCAGCUGGAUUACUUAGACCUAUUCCUUAUCCACGCUCCACUUCGUUCUAAGAAAGGAGCUACCCCAACCCCUGAAAAUUUUCUACCUAUUGAUAUUCCUGCUACAUGGGGAGCAAUGGAGAAGUUAUACAACUCCGGCAAGGCUCGUGCAAUUGGUGUGAGUAACUUUUCUUGUAAGAAGAUGGAGGAUUUGCUUGCCAUUGCUCGCGUGCCUCCAGCAGUAAACCAGGUUGAGUCCCAUCCAAUUUGGCAGCAAAUAAAACUCCGCGAACUUUGCCAGUCAAAGGGUGUUCAUCUUUCUGCAUAUUCACCGUUAGGUAAAGCUAGAUCACCAGGGUCUGAGAGGCCAACUGUUCUUAGCAACCCUAUUGUCAUAUCUGUUGCCGAGAAGUUACAGAGAACACCUGCACAGGUUGCUCUACGCUGGGGUCUUCAAAUGGGCCAGAGUAUAAUUCCAAAAAGCACCAAUGAAGCAAGGAUAAAGGAGAACUUAAACAUAUUUGAUUGGUCUAUUCCUGAAGAUUUGAUGGCAAAGUUCUCUGAAAUCCAACAGGUUAAGAUGCUAAGAGCUGAAUUUGUAGUUCACCCACAAGGUAUAUUCAAAACUGUGGAAGAUUUUUGGGAUGGCGAAAUCUGAAGCGUAUGAAGUGAAGAACUAAAGGCAUCGCAAGCCAACAUGAAGCCACUACUUGUUGACUUCGAUUCUAUGCAGAUAUUUUCCUUAGACUGCUGCCCAUAUAUGAGAAUGAGUAAAUUGCACGGUGGGUGCAUGUAAGUCAUACAACUUGAAAAUUGCUCUGAAUGGUCGCUAAACUUGA